GGGGGGUUCGUCAUUGUUGAUUGCGUCUAUGAAAUAUUAGUUGUGCUGCGUUUUGUUUCAAACGAGGAUCGUCGCCGUCGUCGCAGGUCGACAAGAGUUUGCGCGCGAGCGUUAGAGAAAAAAAAACCGCAGGGUUUCGCGGGCUUCUCGCAGUUGUAUUGGUAGUUGCUGGUUGCACUUUAAACUUUGGCGCGGCGGUUGUUAGUUAUUCGCGAGACCACUACCAACUUGAAGUGUUCGCGUCGUCGUCGGGAAUUAUGAAUCAGGCGUCGUACUGGGAAGAACCUCAGCUACGGCAGUACUGCGGGCAGCCGGAGUAUAUUACUAUUGGAGGCGGCAGUGUUCUGGAAUCGCUGGUUCCGAGCUCACCUGUUCAGGGGGUCAAUCGCACCAAGUCCCCGGGAAGUCCCGGAUCGACCACAACGACCGGCUCGAAUGGGUCCUCACCCGGCGGAGGAAGCGGCGUCGACCGCGGGGCAAGUCUCAUCUGUCCCCUGCGGGGGUCGCUGGCCGCCGCCGGGAUGACCGACGAGCACGGGAAGGCGUACCCGUCCAUCAGUGCCGCCUACUGGCUGCCGGCGCCGUCCCCCACGCCGUACCAAGUGCCAGGUAAGUGACUUCCAAC